AUGCUCCCCAGCGCCGUGGCCGCCCACGCUGGUGCGUACUGGGACGUGGUGGCUUCCUCGGCACUCCUGAACCUCCCAGCAGCGCCAGGUUUUGGCAACCUGGGCAAGAGUUUCCUAAUCGAAAACUUGCUGCGGGCCGGCGGCGCCCCGCCGACCGGACUGCAGCCGCCCCAGCCCCAGGGCCCAGCGGCCGCCGUGUCCGCCGCCGCCGCCGCCGCUCAGGUCCGGCCCCUGCCCGCCAGUCCUGUUCCCCUCAAGCUGUGCCCUGCGGCCGAACAAGUCAGCCCCGCCGGGGCGCCCUACGGCACAAGGUGGGCUUUUCAGGUUCUCGGCCCCUCGGCGGACUGCGCGAGGCUCUCGGGCCGCGCUCCGGGAGACAGAGACUGUACCUUCCAGCCUUCAGCCCCAGCGCCUUCCAAACCCUUUUUCCUGAGCUCCUCGCCCUUCUACUCAGAGUGCUGUGGUGGGUCCUGUCGCCGCCCUGCGUCCCCCACUGCUUUUCCAAGAGAAGACAGUGUAUUGCCUCUCUUGACACAGGACUCUAAUUCCAAAGCUCGGAGGGGCAUUUUAAGAAGAGCAGUCUUUUCUGAGGACCAGAGAAAGGCCCUGGAGAAAAUGUUUCAGAAGCAGAAAUAUAUAAGCAAAACAGACCGAAAGAAACUUGCCAUCAAUUUGGGACUAAAGGAAUCACAGGUGAAAAUUUGGUUUCAGAACAGAAGGAUGAAAUGGCGAAAUUCCAAAGAAAAGGAGGUGCUUUCCAACAGGUGUAUCCAAGAAGUAGGCCUUCAGGAAGAUCCCCUCUCAAGAUCUGCUCUGGGUUUCCCUUCUCCAUGUCCAUCAAUAUGGGAAAUCUCCCAACAACACUCAAGUCCAAGAUGGAGGGAGAAUUCGCCAGAACCUUCAGAAAGACUGAUUCAGGAGAGUUCAGGGGCACCACUCCUGGAAGCAAAUUCACUGCAAGGUGCCUUGUACUUGUGUUCUGAAGAAGCAGGAGACAAGGGUGUACUUACUACAGCCAUCUGAAUGGAAGCAGUCCUCCUUGUUAAUUUAAAAGAACAUUUAACUAAUAAUGUUUGGACUCUAAAGCCAGCUAGAUUGUGCCUCAUCAACGCUUAAAACCUAACACCCUUGGAAUGAUGCAUGAACUAAUGCUUUAGGAAACUCGCUCCAGGGUCCUCUCAUUUGUCCCUAGACUCAGGCUUAGUUCCCAAGUAGAAUAGACUCUCCCAGGAAGCAUGAUGGAACUGAAAAGAGCAAUGGUUGGCUCAGUCCCUGCUCUGAGUAUGUGUAUAUCUCUGUGUCUCUGUGUGUAUAUAUAUAUAAAUAUUCAUUAAAAUACAAUCGUAGAAACUAGUUCUUUCUUCAAUAUUGCAUCGAGGCAAAUCCACUCCCUUUUAUAUGAAGAAAAAGAAACCAUUGACUGAAUGUUAUUUUUUGAAAGUAAUAUAAAAUUUGGAUUGUAGCCCAAACUUUGAUACCACAACAUGUUUAAAUUUCUCUAGUCUUUGAUUUCUUUUGGUAUCCAGCUGUAAAUUAAUUGUAAUAACUCUGCUCAACAAUCUUAACCAAGUGAGCUACAUUGAAUACAUUGAAAGCAUAUAUUUAAAAUUUACCCAACUAGCAAAUUAGAAGAAUUUCCAAAUGUAAUUAUUAAUGCCCUUCAUUUUCAAAUCCUUGGACUUUAUCAGGCAUCAGCAAAUGAGGUUCCUUCUUAACUAGUGAUUACCUUUUGCAUUUCUUAUCCGAAAGGAGACCAGGGUUUACAAAAUACAGUGCCUUUAUGGGCCUGUCAGGUAAAUAGAGGGCAUGGUUCACCUAAAGAUAUUUGAGUUUAGUAAUGUUUAAAAUACUGUGUUGGCCAAGCAAAGCAUCUAUGCCAGGCAGUUUGUGACCUCCAGCCUAGACUAAAGGGAGCUGUGAUACCACCCUCUUUAAAAUGUUCCCAACUAGACUUCAGAACGUAAUACUGAUGAAAUCUGUAGCGAUUUUUGUUUGCACUUCUCAUGGUAGACUCAUUUUUCCACUUAGGUGGCAUACGCUAUAUAUAUUAGGUUAUUGUUAUAUAUUAACAAACGCUACACAGAUGUUCUAUGCUUUCUGGCUACUCUGAAAAAUUGUAUUAUUAUAAAAUUGCAUUUCUGGUAACAAUUUGCUUAGUUCAUCCAGAAACUUCUAUUCUAGGUCCAAGAAGAAAUUGUAUAUCACUUUGAAGGAUAUGAAGCAGAAGAAAGAAAUGAUGUGGUUUUAAAUUAGGUUAUUAUUAACCUGUGGACAAGAAACCUUAUUAGAAGUUCCUUAUGUAGCAUUUUGUUAGUGAGAAAGCUUAGUCUUGAUGGUGGCUUCUAAUUUGCUUACCUUUUUAGCUAUAGAUUUUGAAAGUUGAGUGUUUAGAAAAGGUAGUAGUUCAGAAGAUAACGGUUUUAAUCAACAGCAAGGAGUUAUUUUGUACGAGUCGUAUUUGAACCUGCCUAUGUGUAGCCAUUUAUGUGUAGCCUGUGUCUUUUAUCACAAGAUUUUUUUUUACUUAAAGGUCAUCUGAGAGGAUUGUCUCAGUGCCUCAUAGUGGGCAGUUUGGGGAGGGAUUUUAAAGCCUGUCUUAAAGUGAUUUAAGAUACGGUUUCUUUACAUAUUAUUAACCUCGUUUACAUUUAUUGGGUCCCUUCUACAUCCUAGAGACUGUACUUAGCCUUUAGGGUGGAUUAACUCAUUUAAUUCUCAUGGCAAUAACCCUGUGAGGUGUAGGCACUAUUAAUAUCAUGAUUCCUGUUAACCAGACAAGGGAACUAAGGCAGAGUAUGGGUAGAGCAAUUGACCAAGGGCAUGAGAUUAAUAAAUGAGAUUUAGACCCUGGCAGUCAGUUUCAGUUCUUCAAACCAACCAUGUGGAGUGCAUACCAUUGUGAAAUUGUAUUCUACCCAGCUAUGGGAUGUGUUGUAAAAGAUAUAUUUUGGGAAUUGCAGUGAGAUUUAUUAAACAAAUUCAGAAGCACAUUGUAUAAGUCUCUCUUGAUAAAUGGUUUUUUCUUCAGUAUUCUCUACUAGAUUUGAUUGUGAAGUUCAGGGAAAGUAAGGAAUUGCAAAAACUUUUAGCCAUAAAGACUCUAUAGAGAAUAGUCCUAUGAAGUGUGUGAAAUGGAAAUGUAUUCUUUUAUCACAUGCCGCCAAAAAUAAUAAAAUACGUAUAUAUAGUCAUUUUUUUCUUGAGACUAACUUGAAAAUCAAGUGAGAGAAACCUAUGUCAUAUCCACUGAAUUAACCAGGUUUUAGAAGUGGACUACUUGGGGCCAAAAUGAUCAUCCCCUAAGAUUUCACCCUGGAACUCCAAUUUCCUAAAAGAGACCAUUCUGUCUGGCUUCUGUCUGCAACACUGGGGUGAUGUUCAAAUAUACAAAUCAAUCUUUUAAUGGGCUUUCUCUGGGGAUGUAUUAAGCCUUAGGAAAAGUACACUUGGGGCAAAUAUAUUAAUGGUACAGGUAGUCCCCAGAUUAUGAAUGAGUUCCGUUUCUAAGUCUGCCUUUAAGUUGAGUUUGUAAGUCAGAACAGCUCGGUGUACAGUUCAUAUCUAAUGUUAAGUCAAAUGUAUGUCUUGGUAUAUACUGUAUAGUGUACCCUCCUAUGCAUAAAAAACAUUAAAGAAAAACUUCCAGGUACACUAAAACAUCUUUAACAUAAUAAUUCAGUAAUAAUAAUGUUUUGAUGUGUGUUGCAAAGUAGCACCUGUUAUUAUGAACCAUUGUAUGUACCUCAAAUUUUUAAUGAAAUAGCCUUUACAGGGUUUGGCUGGUAACUGCAGGUUGUGCGUAAGUUGGAUGUUCAUAACCCGGGGACUGCCUGUACUUAGGAAAAACAAACACACACACAUAGUGCACACACAUACCUAGUGUGCCUUUACAUUGCUUCACUCACCUGACUUAAUGGAGAGAGCUGCUGAGCCCCAUUAUCCUAACAGAUAAAGCAUCUCCUUUCCCUUUUAACUUCUGCUCUGCCAACCACCCCUCCACCCUUAAUGUACUUACUUCUGUAUUUUUCUCUCUUAUCCACAUACAGACUUCUUUUGCCACGUGCUCACAUUGUAUUAGUGUAUUUAUUGUCUGCUUUCCAGACUAAUAAUGAUCUAAUAAGCACUAAGACCAUAGAUGCCUGGAGGCAGAAGAAAUCUUAAAUUUUUUAGAAGACAUUGUCAAAUGAAUCUUAAGCUGAUGAGAAGAAAUACAUGCAAACAUCAUCUCGUAAGCUUUUAUAAAUGUAAAUGUUCAGAGUUGGAAGUAUAUAAGCAGCUUAUAGAUGAUCAUUGGAUCUGGAGACAGUGAAGGCCAUGACCAUCAAUGUCCAAUGGGUAGCUUUAUUUUCUUAGUAAUAAAUAAGGUUUUAAUGAGAAACCCAGUUAUUUAGUGCAGUGCUUUUCUCAAACUUUAAAAAUCCAUACAUGUGAACAUGUCAUACUUUGAG